CCAGGCAUGGGCUUUGGGUGGCUACAGUAAGAAGAGCUGGGCAGUGGUGAGGGGGAGAGGCCACUUUUCCUCUGCACUGAGCAGCAGUUUCUGCCUGGUCACUGCUGCUGCUCAGCAUGGGCAGGAAAAAAAUGAGGGACAAGGGAUACAAAUGACACCCUUUCUAUGCCCUGCAAGACUCAGGUGCCAGAAAUAUGACAUUGACCCCAACUUUAGUAAAAGCAAAACCUGUGUGUACAACUAUGAAGGCCUUAUUAUGCAUGGACUGCAAGAAAGAGGUUUGGCAAAGGCUGGGCUACGAAUAACCAGCAAACUAGAGAUUAGUUCAUUAUCAGAUAAUACUUACCUCCUCAAGGUCCGAUCGCCACAGCUGGAGGAAUACAAUGGAAUCUGGCCGAGAGAUCCAUUCACUCGAUCUUCCAAACUCACCCAGAUGAUCGCUUUAUGUUUGAGCCGGCCCUUUAAAUUUGAAUACUAUAGUGGACGGAUUGGCAAUGUUUAUGCCCCAGAAGAUUGCCCUGUCUUGUGUAUUAACAUAGUGAGAGGGAUUCUGAACAUGAUGUAUAUUACCAUCAAGAAGUCACAAAAUGUGUAUGACUUACAAGAGGCUGGAAUUGAAGGCAUCUGCCACACAAGGUAUGUCAUCCAGGAAGACAGGAAGAAUAACAGAGUCUCUAUUACUAAAACCAAAGACCUAAGCAAUUGCCAGGAUAAAGUGAUGAAGAACAUUGGGAUGUCUUACAUCCGUCCUUUUCCUUCUUUUCCAAUGAAAGAAAAGAUCGUAAAAGGAACUGCUGCAUUCACCUACAAAUUGAAAUAUGCAGAACGUGGUGCCCUGAUCACAGAAGCUAUGUCCCAGCAGGUGUAUCAGAUCUCCCCAUUCAAUGAACCUGCUGGUGUUGCUGUUACGGAAGUAAGACAAGAACUGAGCUUAAUUGAAGUGAGAAGUGAACAAGUGAGCCCCCCUGAAGUUCAGCUGCAAAAUAGUGGAAGCCUUCGUUAUGAUUUCCCACCAGUACUACCACAGAUGCCAAUUCAACUAAUUAAGAUGAGAAACCCUGAGCAACGGAUAGUGGAAACUUUGCAACAUAUAGUCCAGUACAACCAGGAGGACUUCCACUCAGAUGUCGCAUACAGGUUUUUAGAGCUCAUCCAGCUGUCUCAGGUAGCAACUGUGGAUAACUUUGACUCUCUUUGGAAGCAAUUUUCAGACAGACCUCGCUACAGGCGAUGGUUGCUGAGUGCAAUUUCUGCAGCAGGCACUGUGGAUACAGUGAAGUUCAUUAAAGCAAGACUUCGCAGUGAUGACCUUAACUACAUUGAGACACUUCUGACUGUUUCUGUUACCCUCCAUUUAAUAAAAGCUGAUGAGCAUAUAAUGCCCGUAGCAGCAGAUCUAGUGACCACUUCCCGAAUUCAGAGAAAUCCCAUGCUUCGCAAGUUUGCUUACAUGGCAUACAGUUCCCUGGUAAACAGAUAUUGUUCCAUGUCUUCAUCUUGCCCUAAUGAAGUCCUUCAGCCCCUCCAUGACCUCGCUGCUGAGGCACUCAGCAGGGGCCGUGAGGAAGAUAUGACUUUGGCUUUGAAAGCCAUUGGCAAUGCAGGAGCACCAGCCAGCAUCAAGCGCAUCCUCAAGUUCCUGCCUGUGUUUUCAUCUAGUGCUUCUGAUAUCCCAGUCUAUGUUCAGGUUGAUGCUGUGAUGGCCUUAAGGAAAAUAGUCCGGAAGGACUUCAAACAAGGGCUAGACAUUCUCAUCCGGCUCUUUAUGGACCGCUCACUUUCUCCUGAAGUACGAAUGAUGGCCUGUGUUACCAUCUUUGAAGCUAGACCUGCUCUUCCUCUGAUAACAACCAUGGCUAAUAUGAUGCUGAGCGAGACCAAUUUGCAAGUGGCCAGCUUUUUAUAUUCGCACAUGAAGGCUUUGUCAAAAAGCAGGACACCAUAUCUGUACAAUAUAUCGUCUGCUUGUAACAUUGCCCUUAAGCUACUGAGCCCUAAACUUGACAGACUGAGUUAUCGUUACAGCAAGGUUGUGUGUGCUAGUGCUUACUUCGGUGAAUAUAGGGCUGGUGCCGUUGGAAAUGUCUACCUUAUGAACAGUCCAAAAACAAUGUUUCCAUCAUCUAUAAUCUCCAAUUUGGAGGUACACUAUGAUGGUGCAAUUGCUGAUUUGCUAGAGGUUGGCGUCCGAGCGGAAGGUCUCAUGGAUAUUGUAAGGAAAAAGAACAUUCCAUUUGCUGAAUAUUCCACGUACAAAAAGAUAAAGGAACUUGGGAAGACACUGCUGGGAUGGAAGGAGCUGCCUCCAGAAAACCCUUUAUUAUCAGCCUACGUAAAAUUAUUUGGACAAGAGUUGGCCUUUACUAACAUCAAUAAGAAUCUCCUGGAGCAGGCUGCAAAGACUCUUAGGGAACCAACAGAUAGGCAAGCAGUGGUGAAGAAAAUAAUUCAACAAAUCCGAAAUGGCAUUGCAGGCCAAUGGACUCAGCCAGUGUUCUCAGGAGAAAUUCGACACAUUAUUCCUACUAGUGUCGGUCUACCUUUGGAAUAUGCCUUAUAUAGUACUGCCCUGGCACGUGCUGCAGUAAAUGUCAAUGUAAAGAUGUCCCCUGGUGAUUUUAGGCCUUCACAGUGGACUGAAUCUAGCGUGCAAAUCCGUGCUGAUAUCACCCCCAGUUUAUAUGCUCAAGCAGUGGCAGUGAUGGGAACCAAUACAGAGUAUUUCCAAUCGGCUAUUGAAAUUCAGGCCAAAUUGCAAGCAAGAGCUCCAGUGAAAUUUGAUGCCACGUUGGACAUGAAAGAGAAAAAUUUUAAGUUUGAAACAACUCCAUGCCGUGAGGAGACUGAGAUAAUAACUGGCAGACAUGAAGCUUUUGCUGUAUCAAGAAAUAUAGGAGAACCAGGUGCAGAAAAGAAGAUACCAGUUCUUCCUGAAAAUGCUGUAAAAAAUAUCUUGGAGGAGCCGUUCAAAUCAUCAGAAAGAACUUCAAAAGAAGCCUCCUGGACGAGAGGUGUAUCUGAUAUCCCAUCUAAGAAAUAUUUCUAUGGUUCUGAAGAGGAUCUUCACCACAGUACAGGAAGAAGAACACGUGCACAAGCCAUUUGCAUCAAGAUGUCUCGUUUUGGUUGCCAGCUCUGCUUUUACAGAAAAACACGAGAUGCCACUUUCAUGAAAAAUACAUAUCUGUACAAAUUUAUUGGAGUACAUAAUGGCCAACUUGUUAUGAAACCAGUCCGUACAGAUGCUGCCAUUGACAGAAUCCAGCUAGAGAUUCAGGCAGGAUCCAGAGCAGCUUCCAAAGUAAUCCAGUUGGUAACACCAGAGUCUGAGGAGGAGGAGGAGGAGGAGGACUUAUCUCCGGAUGAUGAGAUUCAAGCUAAGCUGAAGAAGAUCCUAGGAAUUGAAAGUGUGUUCAGGGUUGGAAAUAGAACUCACCGCCAUAAGAAGCAGAAGAAACAAAAGAUCCAGACCACAGACCUCCAGGCAGAAACCAGCGCUAAGCACAGAUCUCUUUCAUCCUCUUCCCCCUCCUCUGCCACUUCUUCUUCCUCUUCUGCUGCUGGUGAGAAGAUCAAAAAUAAAGAGGAGGGUGGCACAGCCUGGCAAUCAAAGAACAAAGAUGCAAAAAGAAGAAAAAGCAGUAGUGCCACCAGCAGCCAAGACAGCAGUGAUAGCAGCAGCAGCAGCAGCAGUGGUGUGACAGGGUCACCUGGCAGCAGGCAUCUAUCAAGACAAGGUACUAAGAGUCCAAACAGUAAGAGCAGCAGCAGCAGCAAAGAUAGCAGCAGCAGUAGCAGCAGCAGCAAAGAUAGCAGCAGCAGCAGUAGCAGCAGCAGCAGCAGCAGCAAAGAUACCCAAACAGAACUGCCACAGAGCCUGGUUGAAAACCCCUUUGUCGCGAGCGGAGGAGGCGGCGCCGGCGGCAGCAGCAGCAGCAGCGACAGCAGCAGCAGCAGUGAGAGCAGGGAUUCUAAAGUUCAGGGGCUUCCAGAGAUCUAUCAGUAUCGCUUCAAGUCGGCACGCUGGCAGAAGUACCCGAAGAAGACCAUUCCAGGUGGCAGCACUAGCAACAGCAGCUCUUCCAGUUCUUCUACAAUGGAAGACACCUCCAAAGCAGCUUCCCAGCUUAAAUUCUUGGGAGACAAAACAUCACCAGUACUGGCUGUUAUUCUUCGUGCUGUCCAAAAUGAUAAAAAGCUGGCAGGCUUCCAGCUUGUGCUGUACUCAGAUUGGUACUCCAGCAGACCCAGGAUACAAGUAUUUGUGUCAAACAUCACAGAAUCAGGCAGAUGGAAACUCUGUGCUGAUGCUUCAGUCAUCAGUUCUCACAAAGCAGCAGCUUAUCUGAAAUGGGGCAAGGAUUGUCGGGACUACAAAAUUUCUACAGAGAUUGUAACUGGUCGGUUUGCUGAUCACCCAGCUGUACAGAUGAAACUGGAGUGGCCUAAAGUUCCUUCAAGAGUCAAGGCAAUUGCACAAUGGUUUUACACAUUCAUCCCAGGAACUGCAUAUAUGUUAGGUUUCUCAGAAAAAACAGACAAAAAUCCUUCUCAACAGGCCAAGAUGACUGUGGCUCUAACUUCUCCAAGGACUUGUGAUGUUGUCAUCAAAUUGCCUGACAUAAUCAUUUAUGACAGAGCAGUCAGGCUCCCAGUGCCCCUCCCUCUCGGUCCAAGCAUACCAUCUUCAGAAGUGCAGUCUCCUUCCUGGAAUGUGUUUGCUGCAGCACCAUUUGCAAUCCUUGAGACUCUUAAAGCUCAUUGUUCAGUUUCUGACGACAACAUCACAACUUUCAAUGGAGUUGAAUUUAACUACUCAAUGCCUACAAACUGCUAUCACAUCUUGGCUCAGGAUUGUAGCCCAGAACUGAAAUUCCUGGUGAUGAUAAAGAACCCAGAAGAGUCUGACCUGAAAGAAAUGAAUAUCAAGCUUGGUCAUCAUGAAAUGGACAUGUAUCCUGAAAGUGGGCUUAUCAAACUCAGGGUCAAUGGUGUUGAAACCCCGGUAGCAAACAUCUCAUAUACAACUGACUCUGGUGCUUCUGUAACAGUCAACAGUGAGGAGGAAGGAAUAUCACUUGUAGCCCCAGACUAUGGCAUUGAUAAAUUAUAUUUUGAUGGACAUGAAUUCAAGGUUCAAAUUGCUUUAUGGAUGGCUGGAAAAAUAUGCGGUAUUUGUGGAAAAUAUGAUGCAGAGAAUGAAGAGGAAUAUCGGACACCAAGUGGAUCCAUAGCUAAAGAUUCAGUGAGCUUUGCUCACUCCUGGAUUCUGUCAGAAGACCGUUGUGCUGGCACUUGUAAACUACAGCGUUCACUUGUGAAACUUGAAAAAACAAUUAGACUUGAGGGAGAGGACUCAAAAUGCUAUUCAACUGAGCAUGUGCUGCAAUGUGUGAAAGGGUGCACACCAACUGAGACUACCCCAGUCACAGUUGGCUUCCAUUGUGUCCCAGCUGAUUCAGUUUCCAACCUGCUUGAAGGACAGAUGAAGCUUGACCAGAAGUCUGAGGAUACAGAGGAGGUAGUUGAAGCCCAUACCGCAUGUUCAUGCAGGGACCUUCACUGUUAGUUAUAAGGCUACAUUUCAGCAUAUGCAAAAGUUUGAGUGUUUAUUUUUAUUCUAUGACGCCAGAAAAUUCAUCCUAGGCAAGCAUAGAGUUGUUAAUUUAAGUGUUUAAAGUCCUACUGAAUCUUCUUAAAGAAAGCUGAUCUAAAGAAAUGUUCAACAUUAUCACUGUAAAACUGUUCUGAAAAUUCAUAUCUG